AUGGAAACCUCAGCCUGGAUCGCCCUCGUCCUGGGCAUCAUUGGGCUCAUCUUCUUCACAGUCAUGCUCCUGCCGCAGAUCUACCAGAAUUGGGCCCACAAGAGCACCGGGACACUCUCGUACACAACCAUGCUGCUCUGGACGCUCUUUUGCGUCUUUCUGGCCGUCUCGCUCGUCGACUCGGGCCAAACCAUCUCGCUGAUCGUGCAGGCCAACGUCCUCGGUUUCCUCACCGUGAUCUGUCUUGUCCAAAUCCGCUUCUACAACUCGCCACGGCUUGCCAAGCACCCAAGGCUCCUGAUGCUGCUAGCAUGGGAGUCGCUGUGGGUCUCGGUCGUGCUCGGUGGACUCGAGUAUUUGCUGGUGUAUCUGUGCCAGGUCGCCCGGAGCAACGGGCGCGAGUGGCUCGGCCCGGCCAUGAAUGUCCUCGGCAAUGUCUGUGUGGCCCUGGGCUACAUCCCGCAGUAUCGCGAGAUCUUCUUGGCCAAGAGCUGCUUCGGCGUCUCUCGGCUCUUCCUGAUGUGCGACAUCCUCGGCGGCCUGUUUUCGAUUGCGUCCUUGGCCUUUAUUGCUCCAUUCGACUACCUGGCCGCUGCCUGCUAUGGCACAAUCGCGCUCCUCACCGCCUCGAUCUUUGCGUUGGGCUGCCACUACGGCUACAACCCGCCCCAGAACACUGAACAAGCAUCUGCAUAG